AUGAGGCCUCGCUAUAGCCGUGGCUGUAGCUGGGUCCUCGCCAGCAACUCCUCAGCUCCCUGCUCUGCUCUGUGGAAGGCAGAGAAGCUGAAAGCACCAUUUAUCAUCACUUGUGUGGGCAGCAUCACCACGGCAACGCUCAGGCUGGCAAAUGCCACUGCUGUGAAUACUAAUGAGGCUCUUGGCAGGCCUGUGUUGGCGUAA